AUGGCGCUGGCAAAAUGGUCGAGGCGAGCGCGGCCGCUGCGGCCGACGCCGGAGAGUCGGCGCUGGCUGUGGGCGGCUGGCCGGGCGGAUCGGGCGAAGGGCGGCACAGUGAGGGGCUCACUGGGCGGCCGGGCGCGGAGGGCCAAUGGCCUGGGGCCCCGGCUGGGGGACGCGCCUUGGGAGGACCCAGGCGCCGCCGAGGGCUGCGAGCCACGCAGGGAGGGCGCGCCUUGGGGGAGGGACCAUGGUGACACGGAUACUGCAGUGCCGCUGAGCGCGACCAGGCACUCUCUUGCUGCCCUGGGCCUUCCUGUAAAAAGUAGCUGGUACCCCUGGUACAUUGUCCCAACUGAGGUUGGCGGCUGGAGCAUGGAGUACGACGGGCUGACCUUCGUCACUGUCCGCGGCGCUGGGCACGAGGUUCCACUGCACCGCCCAGAACAGGCGCUCUUCCUGUUCCAGCAAUUCCUGCAGGGCGAACCAAUGCCGGCCGAGGCAAAAAAUGCCAGACUCAUCCUACUUCCUAGUGAGAAGGCUCACUCCUAG